AUGUCGUCUCUAUAUUGCUUGCCGAUAGUUUUUAGCAAUCUUGGCGUCGAGAUGCUCUACGUCCUCGAGCAGCGUUUGCGCGCGCAGAAGAUUAGCGAGGACAAGGCGGUGAAGGUUCUGCACGACGUCGUGAAGGCCAUGUUCGACCCACAGUUCGUCGACGAGCUGUUCAAGCCUCAGGAGGUCUACACGCAGAAGGCCACUCGGCACAUCUUCGACAAGCUCGCGCACUCAUCUAUAAUGCGUCUCUCGGAGAACUCCAUGGAUAAGCUUUACGAUCUGAUGACCAUGGUCUUCAAGUACCAGCUCGUGAACUGCCUGCAGCCCCGUGAGAUCAUGGACGUGACGCUGACGCACCUUGCCACGAUCAAAUCGUACAUGACGGACAGGGCGGUGAUUAAACUGGCGGACGACUUCGAGAAGCGCGCGAGAGAUCUUUACGGCACGUUCCAGCCCUUCGACUGGUGCGAACUUUGCCGGACCUUGUUCCACUUCCUCCAAGGCAAGAACAUAAAGGUGAGCCUGCUCCUGCAGGAGGGGCUGCAAAACCCGGAUGGCACCAUCAAAGUGCCG